GCCAUUUUCAGAACUCGAUUUGACAGAUAUUCACUCACACCCGAGAAGUGAUCAUAACUGUUUUUAGUGUAUGAGGACGUAAUACAGCCUCUUCAGAAUGGACUCGGGUGCGAGUAGCAGUAGGGGGCUCCGUAUGAAUGUGAUGGAGGGUGUAGGGGCACGAGUGGCCCGUGGACCUGACUGGAAAUGGGGUAAACAAGACGGAGGGGAAGGUCACGUUGGCACUGUCAGAAACUUCGAAUCACCGGAGGAAGUUGUAGUGGUGUGGGAUAACGGGACAGCAGCUAAUUACAGAUGUGCUGGAGCUUACGACCUCAGAAUCUUAGACAGUGCACCAACCGGAAUCAAGCACGAUGGCACCAUGUGUGAUAUGUGCAGACAACAGCCCAUAUUUGGUAUCCGAUGGAAGUGUGCAGAGUGUCCUAACUAUGACUUGUGUUCUGUGUGUUACCAUGGUGACAAGCACAAUCUCAGACACCGCUUUUACAGAAUUGGCACUCCUGGAAAUGAAAGGGUGCUGCUGGAACCUCGCAGAAAGAGCAAGAAGAUCACGGCCAGGGGGAUUUACCCUGGGGCCAGGGUUGUGCGAGGUGUCGACUGGCAGUGGGAAGACCAGGACGGGGGCAACGGACGAAGGGGGAAGGUUACUGAAAUACAGGAUUGGAGCUCGGCUAGUCCCCGCAGUGCUGCCUACGUUCUGUGGGAUAAUGGGGCCAAGAACCUGUACAGGGUUGGAUUUGAGGGCAUGGCGGACCUUAAGGUGAUGAAUGAUGCCAAGGGCGGGUCCUUCUACCGAGACCACCUACCUCUACUGGGUAAGUCAGUUUGUGUAGUGUACCAGGUUUACACACUCCGACCAGGGUCCAUGCUUAAUGCCACCGUAUAA